UAUUUUGUUCCCUUUCAUUAGUAGUGAUAAAUUCAACGAUCUAGUUACAUAUUUCAAUGGUAAUUCUCAUUUUUAUAACUUUGAUACAUCAUUCGUUAAAAAAAUAUUAAAGAAACGAAAUAAGAUGUUUCUUAACGUCGGUAUAUUCUGCACUGUGAAAUUAUUUAAAAUUAUUUAUUUCCGUGUCACUGGUAUUUUUGAUAUUCCUGGCAUGCCUUUGGAUAUGGUUUUUUACUUUCAAAUUGUUCUAAUGAUCAGUGACAUACGGUAUACAAUAGAAUACAUUAUAUACGCUAGUAUUCUCGAUGUGUUAGCUGAGCAAUUACAAUAUAUCAUAUAUGCAAUAGAAAAGAAAACGCGUAUAGCCACAGAAGUGGAAGUUGAUGAAGCAGAAGAAAAUGCCUAUAAAGAAAUAGGGGAAAAUAACUCAGAUAUUGCAAUAUGGUCUACCGCUUACAUGCAUAUAGCUAAAAGUUGUAAUUUGGUAAAUUUUAUUUUUAGAACCCAGUUGACCGUUAUGCUGAUGACAGCUGCUUCGUAUUACAUUGGAGUUCUGUACGCAUCGAUUUUCGUCAAUUUACAGGUGGAAGGAAUGAAAAUAAAUCAAUCCUACGCGUAUUAUAUUUUUUGCGUGGAAAUGAUGGUCAUACUGUAUAUAGUAUCAAGAGCAGCGCAAGAGUUACAAAAUAAUAAAAAUUGUUUAAGACAAAAGUUAUGCAGACUAAUAGUAGCUUCGAUUAAUAAUGAGAACGACUGCAAAGCGAUGAGGAAUUUAUUACGGCAGUUGAAUAUGAAAUCAGUUCGCAUUGAAGCUUACGGCACCGUCGCUAUAGACAUGACACUGAUGCCUACAUUUGUGGCUUUCGUUACAUCGUAUACCAUCAUCGCACUUCAAUUCAAUAAUGUCGUAUAAUAAAUAAAAACAGCAUGCUGUCACAGAAAUAUUUUAAUUUAAUAACUACCGGUUUUAUUUACGUGUAAUUCGAUCGAGAUCGAAAAAGUUUGAUUAGUUUCGGAAUCAAUUCGUAAUCCGUAAUCAUGAGCGGGUGUAACGCGAGCGCGUGCCUGACGCCUCUAAUUAGACAUAAGUUAAACCGGUAUUUAUUACAAUAAAAUAUAACGUGUGUUAACGAAACUUUUAACAACAAAAAUAUUAUCUACCAGCAUUUAUUGUUUUUUUUUAGUAUAAGGCUACUGCAAAAUUGAUGUAUUAUUUAGUUAAAUACCUUAAUUAACCAAAAGAAAAUAAGAUACACAAGCGAACUUAAUGCUAGUAGCAUUCUC